AUGAGUAUUGUUAUCAGUGGAGGUCUUUCUGAUUUUUCAAAUGUUUUGGCUAAACAAUUAUUGGAGAAUGGAGAAAAUGUUGUGAUUUUUCACAAUUUCAAUGCUUCUUACAAUAAGGUUUGUGUUGUUUUUAUAUUUUUCGAUUUUCCAAAUGGUCACACUUUAUUAUUUUUUGCAGGUUUUGUCAUCAAUCAAAGGCAAUUCUAAAUUAACAAUUCUCAACAUUGAUAAUAUCAAUUUGGAGGAAAUUCUCAAACAAUUCUCGAUUCAUAAUGUGACACGUGUCAUUGAUUGUUCUUUGGUCAAUACAAAUUUUGUUGAACUAGAUCAUUUGAAAUCAGCUUCGAGACUGUUGUUGGUAUGUUUUUAUUCUGAAUUUUUAUAGAAUUUCUCUUCAAUCAUAUUUCCAGGGAAUCACAAAUCUUCUUGAUGCAAUCCGAACUUAUGGAAAAAUUGAAAACUUUACCCUUGUUAGUGGUCAAGGUGUUUAUGGAAAUUCAAAACUUCAAGAUGAAACACAACCUUUGACACCAAUUACAUUCAAUGGAGCAUCUCAAAUGUCUGUUGAAGCAAUGGUUCAUAGUUAUGCUGUUAGUUAUCGAAUUAACACGGUUAUUGGAAGAAUUCCAAAUAUUCUUAUCCCAUCAAAUAUUUCCAAAACAACUGACGGGUUUUCAAAUAAUCUGAAUCUUUCGAAUGCUGUGAAUGGUGUUCGACUUUUGUCGAAAAUUUCUAGCUUCACUUUCGAAAAUCCAGCUGAAGUUUUCAAUAUUUCAAAUAAUAUUGAAACAGAUGGAAAUGGAGAAAGUAGAGAAGCGAUCUUCACAAAUAAAAAGAUCUCGGAAAAACUUGGAUUUUCUGUGCAAUCAAAUGAUGAUUCAGAAUUAUCCAACUUUGAAAACAUUCUUCCAACAUUCUUGGUUUAUGGACAAACAGUCGAAAAAUUGGAAUUUGUCAAACUUUUGAAAAAUCAAGGAAUUCCUUAUUUCGAAAGUUCAGUCGAUUUGGAAACAACCGGAGAUGCAAAUGUUAAAGAAGAAAUUUCGAGAAUUCUGCCAUCUCAUUUGGUAUAUUUUUCAUCGAAUCAAAGUUAGUUUUUCUCAUCAAAAAUGUUUAGCUGGAUUACUGUAUUUAUUUCAGAUUCAUUCGAAGGAAACUGUUUCACACUUCGUUCAAAUGUAUCAUUGAAUUUAUAUCUUCCGUGGCUUUUGGCAAGUAUUUCUGAUAGAACAGCAAUUCAUUUCACAUAUUUUGGAACAAAUCCAAUUUUCGGAGAAUCAUCUGAAUCCCCAGAAACGUCUGCUUUGGCUGUUAAAACUCACACUGACAAAAUGUUGAGUUAUUUCGAAAAUAUUCUUCAACUUCGCGUUGGAUCAAAUGUCGCUGAUUCGGAAAAUGUUGGACAACAAAAUGUCGAUUUGAAACAAUCAGGAACAAAUUUGGAAGAAAAUCUUCCAAAUGGUUUGGAACUAAUCUUGAACAAAUCAUUCGGAAUUCAUAAUUUAGUCAAUCUUUCAUCGAAAAAUGCGGGCCAAAAUAUUGAGAAACGAGGAUAA